AUACUUCGUCCUAUUACUUGAAAAGGCAUAUCUUUAUUAAACAUCUUCUGUUUGUGUAACUGUGGAUACACAUCCUUAGUCAGAUUAUCUCGAUAGCACGCUGCGGCUUCCUACACAUGAUGGUAUCAUGAACGCGAUCUCUCCACAACGCGCUGGGCCAGCGAGGCGCUAUAACAGGUCACGGUGUGGGUGUUUGACUUGCAAGCGUCGUAAAGUAAAGUGCGAUGAGCAGCGUCCAAGAUGCUCUCAUUGUGAGCGACUGAACUUGGAGUGCAAAUGGCGACCACAUCACGCCCCUGCGUUGUCAAAGCAACGGCAGGAUGCAAAUGGCGAGAGUGGCACAUCCAGUAACCAACUGACUCUGUCUCCGUCUACUGACAGAUCACCAACUACGUCUGGUUUAAGAACGCUGCAGGCUAUGGAUGAAGUGUUUGACUAUGCUAGCUUUAUGUGGGAUCCCGGCAGCAGUCUUUGGCAACAGGAAAGCCCAGAUAUGGCAACCACCAUUGCGAUCAGCACGAAUGCCAUAGAGCCCACUGCAUACAUAAACAGGCAUAUGGAUCCUCUAAUCAUGAAUUCAUAUUCUGAUACUGCAACCAUCCAAGAGAAUGGAGACCAGACUUUGGAUCAGAGUGCAUCUGCUACAAGUGAGAGGCUAAUGGAGUUCUUCGCCAAGUCCGCCACCCCGCCUAUUCUUGCCGGAGUUGAAUCUCAGAGGAAGUGGUUCUCAAUCCGUCAAGGCCUUGUCGCAAUGUCGAAAAGCUCUCGCGUCCUACGUUGUGCUAUCUUGGCAUUCUCAAAUACCCUUCUCUGUCGCAGCAAUAUGUCCUGGGCCUUUGCCGACCAAAACCACUACGAAGAAGCUACUAUGGAAGUCGAAGCCCAAGAUCCAGAUUCAUUCAAUGAGCAUAGUCUCGCACGUGAAUGCCUCCUGGCCGCUUUAUUCUUUUUGAGCUACGUGGGGAUUAUAGAAAGCAAGCUCGACACGGCGCAUCGUUAUCUCAAACAGGCAUAUACAAUAUUCCAAAAGGGGAAUAAAGCAUCAUUCUCCCAUGUCGAAAAGCAAGUUCUUCUCUGGAUUCGGUUGUUGGAUGCCAGAGCAGUGUCGGCCGGUGGCGAGGGACUAUUUCUGUCACGAGACGACGAAAUUGAACUCGUAGAUGCCUCUCCUGCGAGCUUCGAUGCUGAGACAGAUGAAAUUGCGAGAAGCCACGACGCUUCCAGUGAUGACAUCGAGGACGUCUUGUUCCAAGUCCUCUACCAGCCCGGGAUCGUCUUUUUCCAAAAGGUACAAAGCUUUAUGGGGCGCAUCUCGAAGAUUGAUCCCUGGCAUCGAUCAAGAGGAACUGUGGAAGACGAGAUCGAAGUCAUGAACAUUGGCGCUUCCAUUGCAGCCGACCUCCGCUCAUUGUACGAUCAGCGCCCACCACUCAUGGACUACGCCGUCGCGGGAAAGCUGUCGGAGCCUCAUAUCUCAGCGCACCUGGCUUUCACCAUUACCAGAGCUUUUCGCACGUACUUGUCCAAUUACUACGCCAGCAAAGUCCAUCUUCAUCGCGUCGCUUACAAACACUUGCCAUUGACCAAGGAAGCAGCUGAUGCCCUUGGACAAAUUCGCAAGCUGGCGCAUCAAAUCUCGUCUGAUCUCGCUCCCGAUGACUCGCUGCCAGUAAAUAUGCUCUGGCCUCUAUUGAUGCUGGGCGUAGAAGAGCAGGAUCAAGAUGAAAAGGCAUGGAUUCGAGCUGAGAUUGUGAGAAUGGAGGGCGUCGCGGGGAAUGCAAGAAUCACGGCGCAAGUCCUUGAAGAAGUCCAAGCUCGCCAAGAAGCGUCAAAGUCCCGUGCGGAUAUCCGAUCCGUGAUGCAUGCAGUUUUUAAUUCCUGUUUUGCAAUCUUGUGAUCAAUCUAGCACAGAGUGGCAGAGGCGAUGGGUGGUGUCCGCUCGGGUCGGCAAUGUCGGAAAUAAUGAGUCGUCGGCAACACACAACCCCACGCCUAUCGCCUCGAUUGAACCACAAGUAAGGUGAUACGAUCAGUCAUCUAGACGCGGGGAGACUUCUUCGCAUCUGGCUACCCCAUCUGGGGUCUAAUGCAGUUUUUACGAAGUCCGAUACAGGCUUCACCAGGGUUCUCAAUCUUAUCAUGAUCUAUCCAGUGGAGUAAUAUAUAAGACUCUAAACGGUAUCCUGAGCAUUAAUUAACACCCUUCUUCGAGAAGUCUUGCUGCCUCGCAUCAUUUG